GAUAAAUCUGACUGGAAGGAAUCUCGGUGUUCUGAUCUCCAGGCCGGAUAUAUUAGAACGAAACGAUCGUGGUACACGAUCGAGCCUGUGCCGGGUCACGACUUUACCAAAGAAACGGAGCACCCGCAUGUCGUCUACAAAAAGAGACCGGACGAAUUCGGAAGGAACGCCGAGAUUCUGUGUAACGUCACCGCCGAUAUGGCCAAAACCAUUGCCAAGCGCGCUUUCAGUUCGCAGAAAAGCCAACCGUCGUCGACGACGUCGUCUAACAAGAGUAAGAAGAACCAGGCCAAAUCUUACACGAUGGAACUGCUGCUGGUACUCGACAAGACGGUCCUCGAUUAUCGCCAAGAGUUAACGUUUAAUUAGGUUGCGGGAUUGCUGCACGACGACAGUCUAGGAAUACCCAUGGAACUGAGCGUCGUUAGGAUUAUAAAAAUGCGAGCGCAGGAGGACGAGAUGAGCCUAGCGAGAACGAAAGAUCCGAACGCCACCCUGAAGUACUUCCAAGAGUGGCAGAGGAUGAUCAAUCCCGGGGACGAUUCCCACCCGAAUCACCACGACUGUGCAAUUCUAGUUACAAAGAGUAACAUCUGUGAUUCAGAGAGCGUCUGCGGUUUCACUGGCACCUCGACGAUCGCUGGGACCUGCAACCCUUUGAAAGGAGCCGUCAUUGUAAACGACGUUGGUCUGCUCACGGGAUACCACAUGGCCCACCACAUCGGUCACACACUGGGCAUGUCGCACGACGUGAAGAAGGAAAAUGGUUGCCCAGGCAUAAUUCGUACUGGAAAGGACUUCGUCGAAACGACUGUGAUGUACCCCGGCAGCUUGUACGUCACGAGAAGAUGGUCCGAGUGUUCGAGAGAUUCGCUGAGAUCGUAUAUCGAAAAAGGUCUAGGAUUUUGCUUGGAGGAUUCACCUCAAAAUCUUGAACUACCAUCUACGGAUAUUCUUCCAGGUGUGAUGUACAACGCGGAUGAUCAAUGCCACAUAUUGUACACUCCCGAUGCUCGCCACUGCGACGUAGGAAUCAGCUGCAAGACCCUCAGGUGCACUAUUCCCGGAAAGGGUUGCGUGUCUGCGGAGAAACCACCGGCCGAGGGCACGCGUUGCGACGAAAACAGGUGGUGUUACGGGAUGAAGUGUCUGCUGGCCGGCGAGCGACCAGGAGUCGUGGACGGUAGUUGGAGCAGCUGGUCACCUUGGAGUCGAUGCUCACGAAGUUGCGGUUCCGGCGUGGCUUUUUCACUCAGGCAGUGCUCCGCUCCACCGCCGUCCAAUGGCGGGGCUUACUGUCGUGGCGCGAGGAAACGUCACAGAAUAUGCGCCACCAAGCCAUGCGACGUGGAUGCACCGUCUUUCCGUGACGUUCAGUGCAGCGAGUUCAACAACUGGAUUUUCCCGGAAGACGGGAAAGUUCACCGAUGGAUCGCUUACAAGCUGCCCGAAGAUCUAAAGGCAUCGGAAGACCCAUGCGGCCUGUACUGUUUAAGCGAGACAAACGUGGUAGCUUCCCUGAGAGCAAGAGUCGUCGACGGUACUACUUGCUACAGGGGCAUCCGCGAUGUCUGCGUCGACGGCGUCUGCCGAGAGAUCCCCUGCGACCUGAACAUGGAGUCGAACGCCGUCGAAGAUGUGUGCGGCGUCUGCAAGGGUAACGGUACCUCGUGCAGCCUCAAAGAGGGCAAGAUAACGAUCCAGGCAGCCUCGCAGCCUAAGAAAAUAACUGAUGUCCCGGCUGGAGCGACCAACAUCCGGGUAGAGGAGGUCGAGCCCUCGAAAUCCAGAAUAAUAGUGCGAACCAAGGAUGGAAAAUCCUUCAUCAAUGGUGAUCGUUUAGGAAUGUUCGAGGUGGCGAGCACAAGGGCGUGGCUGGGUACGAUAAGACCGAGCCAAGAGGCCCUCAACAUACCUGGACCCGUCACGGAGCACUUGGUUAUAUUGAUUUUGCCGAAAGAAAAGGUGACGGUGAAGUAUUCGUUCGGCGUGAAAGAGAAGAAUCCUCGUAGACCGGAAUUCUCGUGGGACUUCGUCUCGUGGGAGGAGUGCAGCGCGAAUUGCGGGCCCGGUGAACAGAUUUCUAAACCUCGUUGCUUGGAGAAACUCGCCGGGAUCGUUGACGAGAUCUUCUGCAAGAACAUACCGAAGCCGGAGGAAAAAGUGAAAUCGUGUUAUCGGGCAGCGUGCGUCCCGAGAUGGAUGAUCAGUGACUGGCAGGGGUGUACGUCCUGCGUGAUCGGAUGCGAGAGGAGACGCACCGUCAAGUGCGUACGUCCCGUCGGGCACUCGGAGCAGGAUGUAGAUAUUAUCGCUGACAGCUACUGUCAAGGACCGAAGCCGAAGGAACAAGAAUUCUGCACAGGCCGGGAGAAACGACAACCCGGCGCCGAACCACCGAUUCCCAAUCGGAGCAACAAAAUGAAGGGAUCGCGGACUUGUACAAGGGGGAAGAAGGAGUUAAGGGACCGUCGAGAUAUAAGGGAAAGCGAAAUGGUGAUCGACAAAGAAGACGUGAACAAUUUAAGGCUGACUAUUAUUUUGGAACGCGAUGAGGAGAACAACGUCGUGAACUUUCCGAAGGAUUUCCAGCCCCAGCCCCCGGGCAACAGCACGGAAUUCACUUUGGUCGGGAUGGACGCAGUCAGGUACAUAGAGAAGAUUCAACAGGACGCAGGCGUCGCGUUGAAAAAUCGUCUUGGAUGACGUAAAAGUUCACCGGAUCGCCAGACGCGUUAAAUUAAAGUAUACAUACAUAAUAAUGUACCGCCGAGAAGGUUGCGUCUCUUCGGUUAAUUAAACCGGUGACACUGAGUGAUUGAUCGUGGCUUAGAAUUUGCAAUACCAAUCGGACGAGCUUGAAGUAAUUUCGUAACAAAUCACGGUCCUCCAGUAUUAAAGUAUCGUCAAGGUGAAUCGACCUUUCAAUAAUCUAUCUUUAGUGAAAUUAAUGAAAAUAUUUAAAUAGCCAUAAAAUAAGGACUUAUCUAUAUUUCAUAUUUCUAAAUACUUCCAUAAUAAUCGACAGUAUUAAAAUACCGUCAAGGUGAAACGGCUUUUUAAUAAUCCAUCUUUAAGAUUAAUAAAAAGACACAGAUAUUUAAAUAGCCAUAAACUAAGGGCUUAUCUAUAUUUCAUAUUUCUAAAUACUUCUACAAUAGUACAACUGGAUGGUCUGUAACAUUAUAGUAUCAAAUAAACGUCGAUUAGUCAACCAUCGA